UGCCCGGCCCGCCGUGGAGGCCUCCAGCAAAUGGCGACCCAGGCCCCGAGGGCCGACCCCCGUGCCACCCGGGCUCGCGUGUCUGUGUGUUGGGGAGGGGUGAAGCCGGAGUUAAACUUAGGGAGCCCCAGGAACCUCGAAAACGUGGCUUCUCUUUCUUUUUGCCCUUUAGAAACUUGCUUUGUUUGGGGACAGACGGGUUAAAGUAAGACUGGGAGGCAUCAUCAACUGUCUCCACGGGAUGAGUGAAGUUGGUAACUUCCAUUCAUGGAAGUGAGAGGAUCUUAGUCUUAGCCUCAGUCCCUACUAAAGAGAAACAUCCUGAUUUUAUAGAUCUGAGGCGUGUGACCAUUUCCAAGUUGUUUGUGUCCUGUCUCGUGGAAGUGCACUGCUUGGAAGGGGGCCAUAGAGUGCACGUUGAAUUUAAUCUCCUUUGAGUAUGUUUUCUACACGUGUAUUUAGAGAAUAGAGACAGAACAGCGUGUUGUUUACCAUGGUUCUGGUACUCCAGUCCCCUCUCCCUGUGUCUUGUUUUUCUUUCUGAGCCAUGUCGUAAGUCUCGGAUAAAAGAUGCUUGGGAAGGAAUUGACCUUUUAUUCCAAAAUUACUUGGUUGACUGGGAUCCAAGAUGAAGUUAUUUAUGGGCAUGCUGGUAUCAGUGUAGAUUAACUUAAAACUGUAAAUACAAAACCCCAAGCUUUCUUAGCUUUUCAUUUCUAUUUGCUAUAUUUCAAUACAGUUUUGUGUCGUUUAGAGACCUAGUUAAUUAUAUUAACAGAAUUUUGCAUUUGCUCAUAUUUAUUAAGCUUUUCCAAAGUUGUUGACGGGCAAAAGGGAAAAGAGUAGCAUAAAGUGUAAGAUGAGGGUUUUUCUAAGGGUUCCGUUUUUCAGUAUGCAGUUUUCGCUGAAUCACUGUUCUUUAUGCUUAGUCACUGUUUCUUACUACAGAAGUUUAAUUGGGGAUAAUAUGGUGUUUUGCUAACUUUUUAAAUUGUCGAUUUGUUUUUAUCUGGUAGUUUAAUGCGGUGACUUAGCUUUUUUGGUGUGUGAUUCUGGAAAUGUUAGUGGGUGGAGUUUGGUGAGUGUUACCAGAGAACUGAAGUUUCCGAUAUAGGCAAACUUUUAUGCAUUCCAAGUGUACUGGAUAUUUAAUUUCAAUCCAGUAUUUCUCUAUGGUCAGCAUUGGAGACUUUAAAAAAUAUAUACCAAGUGUCCUAAUAAACUACGCUGUUGAAGAAAAAUAAUACGUAUUUUGAGAUAAUGUAUAUAGUUAGAGAGGUGCUUUAAGGUCACCAAAAUAGGCCUUUUUUAAUGUGUUUACUGUUUGAUAUAUUACUGAAAUGUGACUUUUAAUGGCAUCAGCCUUAUGCUACUCUAUAUGGUUUUUGAUAAAUCUUUUAACUAAGUUACCAUGACUACCAUGCUGUGGAAUGACAUUGUAUAUGUAGAAUUCAUCAAUAUUAAAGUCUUCAGUCAAAAGGCUGUAUAAAAUAUUAUUUAAUUUCAAAUUUAUUUUGAUGAAAUAGGUGGGAUUGACCUUGGACUGGUGGUUUUUACACUGUAGAUAGCUAGAGAGUUAAAUACAGAUGAGCAUCUCUUAAUUACAACCCAGUCUGUGAAAAUCUUUUACAGAAAGGGUAUGUCUUUUUCUUAAGAGUGGGUAAUGUUAGCAUCAGGUAGUUCCUCAUAUGAUUGCUUUUAAUCAGCUUCCUAAGUAUAAAUUACCUGAUGUAAAAAUGAUUGUACGUAACGGUUUGUGCAUGCGGAUGUGGCGGUUGUGUAAAGCGGGGUGCGUCUUUUUUCUGAGGAAUGCGUGUUUGUAUUUUACUGGACACACGCAUACUAUAGCCGACUUUUGUGGAGUACGAGGUUGUUUUCACAGCACAGUAAUUGCCUCAAGGUCACAAAGCUGAGAUUCCUUGGAAGCCCAUAUUCCCCUGUGCCAUGCUGCCCCUUUUAAUAAGCCGAGUUCCACCAUUUGGGUGGAUUAUUUUUAUCUGAGUCUCAGCUCAAAUAGCUUCUGAGCUGGACUGGCCAUUAUGGAGGAGGAGCUGCAGCACUCUCACUGCGUGAAUUGUGUCAGUAGACGGUGUAUGACCAGACCAGAGCCUGGGAUUUCCUGUGACUUGAUAGGUUGUCCAUUGGUUUGUGGAGCAGUUUUCCAUUCUUGUAAAGCUGAUGAGCAUCGACUUUUAUGUCCAUUGGAACGAGUGCCUUGCUUAAAUAGUGACUUUGGUUGUCCAUUUACAAUGGCUCGAAAUAAAGUUGCCGAACAUCUAGAAAUGUGUCCUGCAAGUGUGGUGUGCUGUACUAUGGAGUGGAACCGAUGGCCAGUUAGUUACGCAGACCGGAAAUCAUAUGAAAAUCUAAGCAGAGAUGUUGAUGAAGUGGCACAAUUAGAUAUGGCCUUGGCCCUUCAAGACCAAAGGAUGCUCUUAGAGUCUCUCAAAGUAGCCACCAUGAUGUCAAAAGCAACGGAUAAAGUAUCAGAACCUAGAGAACAGAUCUCAGCUAAAUCAAGUGUCCCAGAAAUACCACAUGCUAAUGGUUUGGUGUCUGUUGAUGAAGACUCUUAUGGUGCACUUUAUCAAGCUACUGUUGAAACAACCAGAAGUUUGGCUGUUGCUUUAGAUAUCCUGAAUACCGCCACAAGAGACGUUGGCAUGUUAAGUACGAGUCUUUGUGCUUCCCCAAAUGAAAUGAAAGAAGAAGAAAAUGGCAGAGAAAGCUUACAGAACAGAAACUUGAAAGACCAGGACCAUGUUUAUGAGGAUGAGAUAGGAGCAGUAGGUGGGAUUGACCAUAAUGACACAAGUCAGAAUGCCCAGUCUGAGCAAAAUGGUUCAAGUGACUUAUUAUGUGACUUGGAUGCCAGUUCUUAUGGCACUUCUGCUCUUUGUAAUGGCUUCCCUUUGGAAAAUAUAUGUAUACAGGUCAUUGAGCAGAAUCAGAAUUUACAUAGUGACUCAAAACAAAGUAACUUAACAAAUAGAGAAUGUGUAGCAUCAGAUGGCCCUUCAGAACCUUCUAGUUCACUUUCAGUAGCAGCACAAGUUAGGGAAGUAAUACCAUCUAACGCUUUGCCUAAUGGCACAGUUCAGCAUAUCCUCAUGCCAGAUGAUGAUGAAGACUUGUGUUGGAAAAAAGUAGACUUAGGGGACCUAAGGAAUGUGGAUGUCUUAUCUUUCAGUCCUCCUCCUUCAUUCAAGUUUCUUUCUAAUUCAUGUUGGUCUAAACCAAAGGAAGAUAAAGCAGUAGAUACAUCAGAUUUGGAAGUUGCAGAAGAUCCAAUGGGUCUCCAAGGAAUAGAUCUAAUCACAGCAGCAUUACUGUUUUGUCUAGGAGAUUCUCCAGGUGGGAGGGGUAUAUCUGAUAGUCGCAUGGUUGAUGUCUAUCACAUUGACUUUGGGACUCAGACUUUUUCACUUCCGUCUGCCAUAUUAGCUACAAAUACAAUGGUUGGGGAAAUAGCUUCAGCUUCAGCUUGUGAUCAUGCCAACCCACAGCUUUCAAAUCCAAGUCCUUUUCAGACACUUGGGCUGGAUUUAGUAUUGGAAUGUGUCGCUAGGUACCAACCCAAGCAGCGUCCAAUGUUUACAUUUGUUUGUGGACAGUUAUUUAGAAGAAAAGAAUUUUCAUCACAUUUUAAGAACGUGCAUGGUGACAUUCAUGCUGGACUCAAUGGCUGGAUGGAACAGAGGUGUCCUUUAGCAUAUUAUGGUUGUACCUAUUCUCAGCGUAGAUUUUGUCCCUCAACACAAGGAGCAAAGAUUAUACAUGACCGCCAUUUGAGGUCGUUUGGAGUUCAGCCAUCUGUAUCAACAGUGUUAGUAGAGCCUGCUAGAAACUGUGUGUUGGGAUUACAUAGUGACCAUCUAAGUAGUCUUCCUUUUGAAGUCCUGCAACAUAUUGCAGGCUUUCUUGAUGGCUUCAGUUUAUGCCAGCUCUCACGUGUAUCCAAGUUAAUGAGGGAUGUGUGCGGCAGUCUUCUUCAGUCUCGUGGAAUGGUCAUUCUGCAGUGGGGGAAAAGGAAGUAUCCAGAAGGAAAUUCAUCAUGGCAGAUAAAAGAAAAGGUAUGGCGAUUCAGUACUGCAUUUUGUUCUGUCAAUGAAUGGAAAUUUGCUGACAUCCUAAGCAUGGCUGACCACUUGAAGAAAUGCAGUUACAAUAUUGUAGAGAAACGGGAGGAAGCAAUCCCAUUGCCGUGUAUGUGUGUGACACGAGAACUCACUAAAGAAGGACGUUCACUUCGCUCAGUUUUAAAACCUGUACUUUAAAUACUGUAAUUCCACUUGCACAUACAUGCAAGCACCUAGUAUAAUUUCUUGGUAAUAUGUGACACUUUAUUAAUGUAUUAAAGAUUACAACUAGCUAAAUUCAUUGUCACUAUGUAUAUAAUGUUUUGAAGUGACCUAUAUUUUUAUAAAGUACUGUUUAGUUGGAAAAAAAUUGCCUUAAUGUUUGAAAUGUGUGAAUUUUUUGGAACUUGCUGGACAGGGUGAUUUAAUUUUUAGCUACAUAAUUUUCAGAAUUAGUAUUUUUAGUGGUGUGCAUAUUUUGGUUCUUACAUUUUUUGCUUCUUAAAUAACAAGAUCCUGACCAAACAAUUUAUUCCUCAUUUUCUGUGGGUUAUAACCUAUGCAUUCAAAAAUCAAAACUUUUAUUCUAGUUUUUACAUCAUAGGCUUUUCAGAUUCAGAAAACAUUCAAUUGCUUAAACACUGUAUAAGACCAUUAUAAAGUUUUUAUUUUCUAGUUCUCCCCUUACAUAGUUGUUGAUAUGUAGAUGAUCUCUAAUAUAUACAUAAUAUUUAAAAUCAUGAGUAAUGUUGAUAAUGCCAUUUAUCAUGUUUUAAAAAUAGUCCACAAAAAUGUUUUCGCCUUAACAUAUUUACAACUCUCGUACAGAGAGUUGACCAUAUGCAGCUUUUUUUGGUUAGAUGCCACAUCCAGAGACUCAUGGCAGUGUCUUAUGUGACGGGUUAAAGCAAAAUCAACAAAAACACCCUGUGAAUUUACUUUAAUUUGAAACUGUAUAUGGUAUUAUAUAUUUGCGAGGUAUUUGAUAUUUGGAGAGAAGAAAAUACAGUUGGCCCUUCAUAUCUGCAGGUUCCAAGUCCAUGGAUUCAACCAAAGGAUGGAAAAUAUUUGAAAAAAAAAUUCCAUGAAAUUUCAAAAAGCAAAACUUGAAUUUGCCACUCAUCUUCAACUAUUUAUAUGGCACUUUCAUUAUAUUUACAGUUAUUUACAUAGCAUUUACGUUGCAUUAGGUACUAUAAAUAAUCUAGAGAUGAUUUCCAGUAUAUGGGAAGUAUGUGUAGGUUAUGUGCAAAUACUAUGCCAUUUUAUGGAAGGGACUUGAACAUCUGUGACUUUUGGGACCGUAGAACCAAUUUUCUGCAGAUACUGAGACGACUGUAUACCUCAUUUUAAGUUUGAAUUGGGCAUAUUCCAUGAAUAAAUUUCAGAUAUUCAGAAUGCAAAGGGCUUAACUUUUUAUCACAAGUGUUUAAAAUUUUUGCCUUUUGAUGUUUAUAAAAAUCACAAUUAUGUUGUUUUAAGACAUUUAAAAAUGUGACAUUUGCUAUCUUUGUAAGAUGGCAGUCAUGAAAUGCAGAAACCUGUCUUGGUUGACAGUCUCUUUAAAACAUUUCCAGGUUAAUAGUCCAUAGACUUCUCUACCAAAAAAGCAAGAAUUGCAUCUUUGUGUAAAACCAAAAUAUAACAGAAAGAUAUUCAAAGACCUAUUCUUGAGGUAUUUUGUUAUAGUUUUCAAAUUGAUUCAUACUGUUAUUAACCUGAUAUGGUCAGUUUAGAAAAAUGAAUAUAUCAGUAUUAAGAAAUAAAUUGCAAAGAUGGAGACUUGUACUUAAAUAAUUUAGGUAACUUGUGGCAUUUGGUAGUCUGAAAUGGUUACAAGUUACUAAAAAAACUUCAAAACUAUUUUGUCUUCUCUUCCUACAUUUGUCCCUGAGAAUGCUCUAUUAACUAGGUUCUUGAUUCCCAUAUAUGGCAAUCGGGCAGGGCAGAGGCUUUCCUUGGGCAUUACAAAAGAAUUCUGAAUUGCUUUAAGACUUGUUUUGGGUGGAUCAAGGCCUUAUUACAGUUGAAAAAUACAGCGUUAAAGACUGAUCAAUUGUUUUGCCUCACCUGUCAUUUUAAUUAGAAGAAUACUUAUUUCUUAGUGCUUAAACCAACUAUUUCAAUUGUGAGAUUUGAAUUACAUAAACAGUCUCUUUCUGUGAAAAAGUCAGAAAUAAGAUAUCAAAUACUGUAAAAUAUAUAACUCUGCCUUUUAAAGUUUUGCUGAAGAAUGUGUCUGGUUAGGAUAGCACAAACAUUAACUUUUUGUUUUAUGGUUGUGCUUUUUUAAAAUCCUUUUUUUUAAAGUUUAGACUCCAUGUUUCCACACUGGAUCAUGAGAUAUUUAACAUUUUCUACCUUUUAUUUCUUUUACACGUCUUUGGCUGUUUUCUUUUUUGUUUAUGCCACCAUACUGUUUUGUUAAAAUGUUUUCUUUGUGCAGCAUUUGUUCAAAUUCUAAUAAAAUUAAUAUUUUCCUUUAUAUGGCUCAGUAACUUAAAAAGAAAAAACUUACAUUUAAAUAAAAUUUUAAUCCUUGCUAGACAAAUUCCAAACACAGUCAUAUUGUUUCUGUAGUGGGGAUUUUCUGCAUGUUGUAGGAGUUGCUUGUUGAUUAUUAUUGCUCACCCAUGUUUUACUGGUGAACAUUAUUAUUUUUUUUAAUAUAGAAAACUCAUCAGUUAGCUUUCUCUGCCCCUUCAGUGUCUUCUUGAAAGUAGUCCCACCUAGGGGUAUUGAAGGGCUGAAGAGUUUCUGGCAAUAUUAUUUUUCUAAAACUUUCAAUGGGAACAAUCUAUCUAACCUUUUAAGCAUGAAAAGGUUUGUGUUUUGGCCAAGUAAGUUGUCAUUUGAGAAGCCUUUGUUGAUACCUUAGUCUUUGCUAACCAGCAAGAUAAAGGGCAGGUAUUAGGAAGGAGUGAAAUAUCUGAAUUCACUUUUCUCCUCUGCCUUUUUCCCCAGAACUGCCUAUUAGCUUAAUCUCAAUGCCCCCCCACCCCCUCCCCGUCUGUCUCUCUCUCUCUCUCUCUCUCUCUGUCCUUCCCUCUUUCUGUAGCUUCUGAGAAUCACAGUUCACUUAGAGUAGUGGUUCCCAAAGUGUGGUCCCUGGACCAUCAGCGUUAUCUGGGAAUUUGCUAGAAAUGCAAAUUCUUGGGCCCCUUCACAGACUUAGAGAAUCAGAAACUGGGGGGUGGGAACAAGCAGUCUGUUAACAAAGGCCUCCCCAAGUGAUUCUGAUGCAUGGUAAAGUAUGAGAAUUUAGAGGAAAGCCUGGGACUAUGCCAGCUCUUCUGAAUGAUGUGUUAUUGGAACAGAUAUAUGUGUGCCUGUAGCUACAUGUAUGAUCCAAAAUUAAGAGUAAUAGUCAUUAGUAUUACCUAAAUGAUCAAAUUUAAUGAUAUAUUUUGUCUCAAUCUUAACAGCCAUAUGACAAAAUACAUUAGGUACCAUGGUUGUUGGACAUUUUUUUAAAAAGCUAGUAUUUACUAGUAACAAAGUUACUCUUAGUAUUUCACUAGUGUUUCUUCUGGUCAAGGUUAAUUGCAGAUUGUUCCAUUAGCACAAAUAUUUAGCCUAGUCAUCGUUCAUUCUCUUGUUGAGUGGUUGCAGAAUCGUGUGAACAUAGAUUUCUAGGAUAGAAAGAGUAGAGGUAAAACGAUACUGGAUUAAGUUCUACAAGAAUUCUGUAGGAAUUCUUGGAACACUGUCAAUAAGAGGUAUUAAAGAUUGGGUUUCUGGUUUAUCAGUAGUAUAGAAUCUUUUGGUCUUUGACCCUGUGCUACAUGUCCCAACAAUGUCGUUGCUAUUAACUAUCCCUUAACAUUGGAAUCCUUGAAGAUAUGGUAGUUU